UAUGAAUUUAAGAAUUUAAAAAUUCGCCAUUUUUGAACUUAAAUAAUUUCUGCAGAGCAAAUAGCUAGAGACUUGCCAAAAAUAUUCUAGAUUCCCUCAACCUUAUACUUUACAAUUAUGUACAGACAUAAGAAAAAAAUAACUUUAGGUAGUCAGGAAAAAUUAAUUUCUUUAUGGGACACCGGUGUUCCAAUCGUCCUUAAAGGGUUAAACUUAGAACUUUAUUUGUAUCUCCCGAAAAAAAAAAUGAUUUUAGUUUCUUUAUCUCCAUCUUCACUUAUGGUCUGAUAUCAUAUUUAUUAUGAAUUUUAAAUACUAAAAUAAUCGUUUAUUACAAUCUUGAAAAAAAAAAAUCGUAUAAAUUUCCACAGAAUUCUGUCAAUGAAUCCCAAUUUUGGCAGAAAACAAGAAAAACAUCUAUUUUAAGUGAAAUCUAUAAUUCUGAAGAAUUGCAAUUAAUGCUAAUCUCAUCUCCUAGCAUAUUAUACGGUUGAUGGCAAUAUCUAUUAGGCUCAUAAUAGAAAGAUUCUCGUAUAUUUUGUGGCAAAUUUGCAAUUUUAAGCAAUUUUAUGGUUCUAUUUUGAGUGUCCAUUGGCUUGAGAAGUUUGCAGAAUAAAAAAGGAAGGUUUUUAGUGUGGUUCAUGGGUGGGUAAGAAGCAAAAACAUGAGGUAGUGUUAAAGAAAUUUUUUGGCGUAUGAAAAAGAAUGAGAGAGAACUAUGGAAAAGAACAUUUUGGAGAGUGAGAAGAUAGACGAACGGUGAAUUUGAAUUUUUUAUUAGGUGGAAAAAGUGCAUUGCCCCUGAAAUAUAUUUUGGACUUCUGGCCACAUUUUGGAUAUGGAGAGACUUUUGUCAGUUCUUUGCGCAUUUUGGGUGGACGCACGGUUGGUUGGUCAUGCAGAGAACUUGCUGCGAGCAGCAAGCAAGUCAAACGAUCUAAUUUUUGCCGUAUUAUUAUAUUACUUAGCAGGCAGUAGAAAAAUCAUCAUUAACGAAAUAUGAACGCUAUUAGUUUUAUUAAAGAAAAACUUCUAUCGCAUAUCCUCUUACCAAAAGUAAAGUUCCAACUUGAACACACUUAGCAUUUAACAUAUAAAUAAAUUGAUGGUCCUUCCUAGGUAUAUUCGGGACUUGAAUGCAAAUUCGGGUAAUGGAGAUUAAGGAGGGAUUUCCAAAUGGUUUAUAUUCACUUCCCUGUAGGGAGUAUUCUUUGAUUUCUUGUUUAACGUUUUGCUUGUUUUUUUUUGUUGUUCUUUGUCAUCCACCGCUGAAUAUGACAAUGUGCACACUCGAAAAAGUCUUCCGCAUCCUCCAAGUGCCGAAUUAUAUGGGUUCAGCUGAGAAGUACGUCCAAAAUUUAACCAUACAUUUUGGUAUUCCUGUUUCCUUCUCUGUCUCACAAUAUACUGCAAAAAUUUUGUUCCUUUGCCCGCAAAUACGAUUUUCCAUGCAAUGAGAAAAGGACCACAAUGAAAAUUAGGUUUGUGUGAAGGCAUCGUAGAAGGUGAAAAAGGGAAUUUCAGGACCCACGGGUAGUGGUGGAUGGGUAUUAUAUAUUUGGAAUCCUGUCAAUCCCUGGCUUGUUUUAUAGCUCAUACUUGCCACAUUCACUUCAAUCUUGUAUAUGACAUUGCCCAUAGUUUGGAAUGAUGUUGCUCAAAGCCCUGCAAAAUACCGACUAGCAUAUAUAGCUAUAGUGAUGCAAGGCAAGAAGGAAAACAUUCAAGGUAUUCAUGAAUUUAAUUAUCUCUCAUUGAUACAUUGUAUUCACAGAACCCUUUCUUCUCCUCUCUUCUUUUUUUCGGCAAUAUCCACUGCGCUAUAUAACACUUGGACAUAUUGUAACAACCAGAAUGAAGAAUGGCUCCGUAAUAAGGUGAAGUUUGGUAAAAAGACAUACCAUUGAACAGAACAAAUUUUGGGGGCAAUCUGUCCAAGAAAUGAUUGAAAACAAGAGUGUUGAGCAUGCUUGUUUAAUGUGCCCAAAGAUUUGGCAUUAGUAACAUCCAGGAAAUGCGUUGAGAAUAAAUCUCAAGAUAGAUUUUAUUUUAUAGAAAACCUUUUAAAAUUUCAUCUUAGACAAUCAUAAAGAUGAUGCACAAAAUCAGCGGAAAGAAAAAUUUUGCAAUAAAGAAUAAUAAAAAUUCCUUUAUUAAAACGACAAAAGUUUUAGAAAUAUUUUUCAACAUGAAAUCAAUUGGAUCAACUUAUUAAUGUUUUGACAAACUUUAAAAUACACUAGUGACUGUUUCAUUGUUUUGUGUCAUUAAUAACAGAUUUGUUAUAGUGUGUCAAAACAUUUGUCAUUUUAACAAAAAUCAUUCAAUUCUAAAAGCUUGUUAAUAAAAUUUUGGUUGUUAUUACAAAAAUUAUAUUUUCUGAUAAAAAGUUAAACGACAAAGAGGUUAUUUGUCGUAUUCUGAUGUUAGUUUUUUCACACUCUCUUAAAUUAUAUAAGAUUUUCUUUUGUAAGAAAAACAUAAAGAAAAGGGAUUAAUGAUUCAAGGAAAAAUUUUCAUACAAUUAUUAAAGAGCUCUCGAAAUUACAACAUUUGCAUUUUUGAAUCUUUGAAAACAAGAGAGAAAAAUUCAGUCGUAGUAGUUGUGAUACUUAUUAACCCUUUAAGGAUGAUACGGUGUAAAGAAAAUGUUUUUAUUUUAAGGAAGUUAUCAUUUUGGCCAAUGUAAAAGAAAAUGUAAUAGGUUUUUACUAUUGAAAAUAAGUUUCUGAAAAAAUUUAGCGGUGAAGACCAUCUUUAAAUGUUAGAAUUGAAAAAAAAAUAACGAACUGGUAGGAGGCAGUCACCCCCGGAUUUCAAAGUCACCUGCAACCACGGUAAAUAUCUUAAAAGUAGGGCACAAAAUUUUAUGAUUUUUUUUUAAAAUUUAUAUACAAUAAAUACUCAACAUUAUUUAAUUUAGGCUAAAAUUUGGAAAGGCGGACACUUAAAAAACAGCUCAUCUUCAUAUUUGUUUGGGUGCUGAAGUCGCCUGUCAUAGUCUGACUUUUAGUAAAUUUACCUUAUUAUUAAAAUAAAAACUUUUAAAUCAAAAAUUUAUCUAAAUAAAAUAUUUUAAGGUACAAUAUCUCAUGAAAUAGAUUUUCACAUCUAAAUCAAAAAUUCUCUUAAAUAUAUUUAAAAAGUCUUUUGUCUUGUUACAAAAGAUUUUAAUAUUCAUGCAGAGAUGGGUUUGUUUGUGCUAUGCCCUGUAGAAUUAAGUGCACUAAAUCCAAAAGGUCUUCAAUGCCAGAAAAUUUCUGGUGAUAUUAAAAAACUUUAGCUCGAGACAAGGGCCAACUAAACGAUGUGCAUAUUGGAUCGACGGUUCCAUUCUAUACUAUUCUAUCUCAGAAUGACAACAUUUCAGGAGAGCAAUUUGAAGUUAGCGAUUUCCUAUGCUGCCCGUGUAUUUUUUUCGAAAAAAUUGAAUAUCGUUACCCGAACGUCGGAUGACCACCAAAUUUUCACAAGUUGUAGAUCUCGGUCGGAGGAACAACAUAUCUCUCGGAGUAAUAUAAUUCUAAGUUGACUUAAAAUAGUAUGGAAUGCAACCGUCGAGAUGAUUGAUUGAAAAAUUGACAAACUAGGCCCUCAGAUGGUGGAACCAUUCUAAUUUCUCCAAUGAAAAUAUAUCAAAUACAGAAAAUACCUUGUGUAAGUGUGUCUAAUUUCGGCAUAGUUGCAAACAAACACUAAUAUCCUAAGCUUUUGAAAUGAAAUAUGUGUUUUUAACACAUAUUAAAAUUUCUUGUUAAUUCUUUAUCAGGAGUGUUGUUUGGAAUCUUGAAGAGUAUCAUCUUCGUUUUUCUUUAAAUCAGUUUCUAAAAUAUUGAAAAAUGAAUAAAAUAUCAGUAAUUUCUUUGAGUAGUAUUUCGGCCACAUUGAUUAGAAUUUCCGUCACCUUAUUUGUGACCACCUUGUGUUACAGAACGGAUGGAAAAUUUUAAAACGACUUACGGAACAAGUAUAUAAUAUUUAGUUUAUGAUCCACUAGCUCUAAGAUCUUCCGUGUAGUUUAUCCUGAAGAGUUGACAUUGGUAUCCCAAAUUUGUGUGCAAAUUUGCCCUGUCUUAAUUUUUCCAGGUCAUCUUUUCAUAGAAACUAUGCUUUUUCUUUCUUUGGAUAUUUUGCUACCCAGAAAUUGUAAAUGAACUAAGAAUAAAGAAUUUUAGGGAAACAAAAGAUGAGGUCGAAAUAUUAAACAUUAUCUCACUGGGAAAACGCUCCAAAAACUUCUAUUUCUUUUACACAAAUUACAUGAUCUAGCUGGGAAAUUUCACUUGGAAUAUAAAGACCGACUCACUAUUAACAUAAACAAAAACAAACUUUAAUGAACACUAAUCAAUUUUAAUGGAAAAUCUUGAUGGAAAAUCAUUCGCACUUCACCACAAACCACAAGACUGCUAGUAACUCAAUCGAUCUAUAACAUUUUUUGUAAGGCUCAUUCCACACUGAAGUUUCUCUAAUACAAUUUUAAUUCAAAUUGUACCCAAAAUUUUACAAUUUUUGUGUUAAUACAUUCUAAAUCGAAUAAAUAUUUAAAGAAAAAAAAAAGAAUUAUUGACUAUUCGAAGAUUAAAUCCAUAAUUUUUUAAUCAAUUUUUUUUAUCAAUUUAUCAUUUAUUUUAAUCAAUUUAUUUGCUUGGCCGAAGUUACAAACUCAAAGUGGCCGAAAUUUAAAGCUGGACGAAUUUUAGUAUGCGUACUCUAAGGAUAAAUACUUAAUAUUGAAAUUCUUAGAUUCUAAAUAUCAGAAAAGGGUAUCAUCUUGGAUAGUUAAAGUCUUUAUAAUGUAGUCAUUAAAGGGUUAAUGCAAACAUUUUUUUUCUUUGUAUAAGAGAACAUUAUAAAUCUUCUAUUGGGAAAAUUGCAAAACCAGCUUUGUCCAAAAAAGAGAACCACCUUAGGUCCUUUGCCGUAUCACACGAAAGGAUUUCCCCUCAUGCAAAAUACCCGAUCAACCCCAUACAUAUGCAAGUCUUAAGCGCUCAGGGAUGCGUUUUUGGCAGUUUUUUCACCGCAUGUCCCGGGUGCAUUUCAUCUUGGCGCCGAAAUUUUUCGAGAUGGAAGAAGAGACCAUUUUUGGGUGGAUGAAAGAGAGAGAGGUCUAACUGUGAGGAGGAAAUUUCUAUUCAAUCAUUAUACACGAUAUUUCAUUAGGUCGGAAGAGGUGAAGACUCUCAGUGCAUAACCAUAGUGUUCUGCAACUAUAGUAAAUUUGCUGCAAUACAUGCGUUCAUCGCGAGAAUGAGUAGCAGAAAUUCCUCAUGAUAUGGAUGGAAUUUUAUGUAUGUAGCGGUGUUGAUUCGUCUGCAUUUACGGUGUGUACGAUCGGAUGCACUUAAAUUCAGUGUUGAAUGGUAGUGACGAUCGUUGGAUCUGUGUGUGGAGAAUUCUGGGGGGAAAAGGUUCUUAAGUUCUUGAGUCGUUGCGAAUGUAUUUUUGCGAUAGAACGUUACAGCAGUGGGGGGGGGGUCUCCCAGAGGGGCUAUCUUGAACCGAAUACACUAUAUUUCAAUACUCUUGCACUUUUGGCACUCGUCGGUCCUUUGCAAACUUCCUCAGAUGCAUAUAUACAUCGCAAAUUCUUGGUCUUUCCGCCAAAUGCACAAGUAAUUGAUGUGCAUGUAUGGCUUGAAAUUUUUAAUGGUAAAUGUUUGCAUUGGAUGCAUUUUGCGGUGUAGACGUGACUAUGUGCAGUGUAUGUGUAAAGUUUUUGGGUAGUCAAGGCUGCAAAAUACAGAUUAUGGUUUAGUUUGGUUUGUACAGUUCGCGAUUUUAUUUCGCACCGUUUUACUUCACAAUUUCUCACUUCCAUUCCCGGGUGAUUGUUAUAUUGUCCACCAGUAAUUUCUUUUUUGGAUCAUUUUUUUUGUUCCACUAACGAUCGUGGUGACUUUUUUCACUUUGUUGCUCGAAAAAGAAAAUUCUGAAAUAACAAAAAAAGAUUAGGACACUGGACAGAUAAUUUGAAAGAAAAUGACAAUUUAUUUAGUGUUAUUACUCAUUUUUGUUCCAUUUAGUUGAUUUUUAUCCCAGGAUUUUUACAUUGCGAUUUAUUUUUCGAGAAAUCCUUGGGACACAGAAUAAAAAAAAAAGAAACCGGCAAAGUUGCAAAGUAUUUAGAAGUUAUGAGUGGUAACAAUCGAUUACAUGUGAAAUAGUGAAUAGUCCUGCUAAAAAGUUCUCUACUUCCUCUUCUGGUAUUUCCUGUUCCCUGAUAUUCGGUGGUGUUUGUGAAGAAGAAUUUUUUGACUGGAUUCACAUUUCGAGGAGAAGAACAAGAAGAAAAAAAAUCAGACAAAAAGAGUGACACAGGAAAUUUCACAAAUUUCUUGCUGAAUCGAGCUUUGUAGCCGAAAACCAUCUUGGAUUACAUCAACUGAAAAAGAUUAAGUGAAAAAUUAUAAGAAAACAGAAAAAAAAGAUGACGAAAAAUCGUUCAUCAGCGAAAAUCGUGAUUAGCGGUAUUCCGCUUCAUGCCCAUUUCGAUGACAUCGAACCCCUAUUAAAGCCAUACGGCAAGGUGGAACACUGUGACGCUGUCUCUAGUAAGGAUCCCAACACUCAGACCGUCCACAUAACGUUCGAAAAUCAUGAGCAGGCACAAAGGGCGGCCGCCGGAUUGAAUGGUGUCGAGUUCGAGGGCAAUAAGCUUCAUGCUGAGCAAUUGGACAAACAGCAGCGACGUAGCAAUCGGAAUCGCAAUCAGUACGCUGGGAUGUCGGGCUCGAAUCGUCAGACGGACUUUCCACUGCGUCUGCUGGUCCAGAGUGAUAUGGUGGGUGCUAUAAUUGGUCGUCAGGGCAGCACUAUACGCCAAAUCACACAGCAGAGUCGUGCAAGAGUCGAUGUUCACCGGAAAGAUAAUGUGGGAUCACUUGAAAAGGCCAUCACUAUUUAUGGGAAUCCAGAAAAUUGCACAAAUGCCUGCAAAAGGAUCUUGGAUGUUAUGCAACAGGAAGCCAAUAACACCAAUAAAGGUGAAAUCUGUUUAAAAAUCCUUGCUCACAAUAACUUAAUUGGGCGUAUCAUAGGGAAAAAUGGCAACACGAUAAAGCGUAUAAUGCAAGAAACUGAAACGAAGAUUACGGUCAGUUCGAUAAAUGACAUAAAUAGUUUCAAUCUGGAACGCAUAAUCACGGUAAAGGGUGUAAUUGAGAAUAUGUCCCGUGCUGAGAGUCAAAUAAGUGCUAAAUUGCGCCAAAGUUACGAGAAUGAUUUACAAGCAAUGGCCCCACAGAGUAUUAUGUUCCCUGGCUUGCACCCCAUGGCAAUGAUGUCGACAACAGGCAAUGGGAUGGGCUUUAACAAUCGCAGUGUUUUCCCCGGGCCAGGAUUUCCCAUGUACCAGCCACCAUCGGGCACUGGCCUGGCGCCAGGUGGAUCCACGGAUACACAAGAGACCACUUACUUAUAUAUUCCCAAUAAUGCUGUGGGAGCUAUAAUUGGUACCAAAGGAUCGCAUAUUCGCAACAUUAUUCGUUUUUCGGGGGCAUCCGUGAAGAUAGCACCGCUGGAGGCUGAUAAGCCGGCUGACCAGCAGACAGAGCGCAAGGUGACGAUUGUGGGGACCCCCGAGGCUCAGUGGAAGGCGCAGUACCUGAUCUUUGAGAAAAUGCGUGAGGAGGGCUUCGUUACGGGUACUGAUGAUGUGAGGUUGACUGUGGAAAUAAUGGUGGCCAGCACACAGGUUGGUCGCAUCAUCGGCAAGGGUGGUCAGAAUGUGCGAGAAUUGCAACGAGUGACAGGGAGUGUUAUUAAAUUGCCAGAGCACGGAAGUGCCCCUGCUGGAGACGAAGAAACUACAGUUCACAUCAUUGGUCCGUUCUUUAGUGUUCAGUCGGCUCAAAGGCGCAUUAGGCAAAUGAUGCUCACAACCAAUCCACCGCCAGUGAGUAAGAAGUCAAAGAGUGGUAAGGAUCAGGCGGCACCAGCACAACCUGGACAGCCUCCAGCCCAGACAUCACCAUCUCAGCAGACACCACCUCAGCCUCAGGCGCAACAAUCGCAAUCAUCGCCACAGCCACAGCAGUCCUCAAGUUCUCAGCAGUAGUCUCCGUGAGGCCUUCUGUAAGUCAACCUGCAAAAAUCCCCGGACCCAAAAUACACAUCCUUUCUGAGCCCCCCCUCCCCCUGAUAAAAAAGCCCCCUCAGAUCCCAAAUUUUGCAUUAGAUUCUUUUGGCACGGCAUGGAUCCAAAACUAAGAAAAAAAAACCAUAAAACAUCCCUCGGAAGUUCAUUUUCGAAACAACUUUUAAAAUAAUUAUAGAUGAGAUAUUGCUUUUGGGCUUUUCCAACAAUUUUCUCGAAUAUCUUUUUUCUCACUUUUUUUGAAGAAAAAUUUUUUUUUGCAAAUCCAAUCCCAAAAUUUUUAUAAAAUCUCUCAUAGAUCCAGAAAUUCUUUUUUUUUUUGGCUAAAUAUUCAAAAAUUUAAUAUGCCCCACUCAUCGCAUUCUGGCUGAAUAGUAAGAACAAAAGAAAAGAAAUUGGAAAGAAUAGUAAGAAAAUAAAACUAGGAAACAUACAAAAAAAAAUAUUGCACCAUCCACCACAAAAAUUUAUGGGUACAUUCCUGUGUAAAUAAUAGAAUUAUUAAUAGCAGAACUAAAUAUAUUAUUGAUUUAUUAAGUGAAUAUUUUUGUUGAAAUACUAUAUAUACCAUCAAACACCAUUGAAGCAUAGACAGACUAAAAGAAAAGCAUGAAAAUGAAGAAUAGGGUAAAAGAUUUAAAAAAAAAAACAGAUUUCACCAACAGAAUGAACGAAAAAAUAGUAGGAAAGAAUGUGAGUGAAGAAAAAGAAAUAAAAAUACUAAGAUCCUUGAGAAGAUCACUCUGUAUAUAAAUAUUAAUAGUUUUUAUUAACUAAUUAGUAAUUGAUAGUGAGAUAGGCAUUUAAGAAUUAUACGGAAAACCAAUCGUUUUUCUAUUAAAAAUUUGUAUUAUAUAUAAAUAUUUAUAAGAGUGAUGACGAGAGAUUAGAGAUUUUUUUUUGGAAACAGAAAAAACUUAAUAAGGGGAAUGAGAUGAUGAAAAAAACUAAUAAGGAAGUGAGCGAACAAGGAGAAAAAAAAGGAAAGUUCAUAUGAAGAAGAAAAAUGUUUGUAUUAGAAACAUGAAAAGCAGUUAGUUGAUUCUUUUCAAUCGAUUGCCUUAGAACGGUGCUGAAGUAAGAAUAAUUAAAGAAAAAAAAAUACUAUCAAUUUAAAAAAAAGGAAGGAGAAGAGAGUUGUUUCCAACUUACAAUGAAACUAUUUCACUGAUUUUACAAAGAUUUAUUUUCUUUUACAAAUCAACUCAAUUAAAGUGAACAAUCAAUAUAACAAAUAUAACAAUCAAUAGUUUUUCUUGAAGGAUUUUUUGAAUGAAAUAACUAAAUCAACUUAAUGCCUUAAUUUUUCGGGAAUAACAAUCCAUUUAACCACAUUCACAAAACCCGUUUAAAAAAGGAACUUUCUUUUGGAUAAAGGAGCUUGAUGGAAGGAAAAUUAAGGGGAUAUGCUUGAUUUUUUAAUAUUUAUGUUUUUUUGUUUUGAAAAAUUGAUCUCAAUCCUUUAUUAUUGAAAAGACUUUUUUUGUUUAAUAUUUUUUAUGUCCAGAAAUUAAAUUAUUUUAUAAAAGAAACUAAUUCGAAAUUUAGAAGAGGUCUUAAUUCAAGCAUAUCCCCAAUAGAAUGAAAAAAAUUGUACUUUGGCAUAUUUCCACACAAUCGAUGAAAAAUUCUAAGGUUCGGACGAAAAUGAAUACCUCAUUGCAGUGCAUUAAAAGCUAAAAAAAAAAAAACAUUUCGAUAAAAGAAACACUACGAGAAAAUUGAAGAAAAAAUCCUCUAAAUAGAUAAAGCCAUCACAGCAAAAUAAGAAAUUAUAUUUAAAAAUUCAUAUUCGAUGGGCAUUACGUGGUAUAAAAAAAAGAUAAAUCAUUAAAUAGUAAAUAUGUAAAAGUUUGCACUUUUUCACCCAACUUUAAACAUAAACUCUUUAAAAAUAGUAAUGUGAAGGAAAAUUUAAGGAAAAAAUGGAAAAAAUAGUGAAUAAUCUCUCAUAAAAGAUAACGAAAUAUUUUUCUCUAAUAUUUUUUAUCUGAUGUGCAUUAUUUUAUAUUUACAUAAACAGUGUUAUAAAUUUAUUGUUACAAUUUAUACACAGAAGUAAAUCAAUACAAGUUUUUUUUUACAAGAAAAAAUAAAUAAAGCGUAAUAGUAACAAAUUGACAGGAUAGAUAAAAAAAACGGAAGUUAAAAAAAUAAAACAGUUGAAUAUGGAUAAAUAAUAAGGAAACUCAUAACCACAAAUACAAUAGUAAUCAAUACAGAACCAGGUACCUUGCAGCAAAAUCAAAAUACAUAGUUACAAUAGUUACAAAUUUAUUACUUUGUUACAUUAUUUCUUUUUUUAUUGUCCAUAGACACAUAUUUUUUUUGUUUAAUCACACAAUCACCCCUUACAACUUUUUUACAAACUAAACUAACUAAUAAGAAAAUAGAUGAAUAGAUAAAUCUGCCGUUGUUGAAUAGACACUAAAUAAAAAAAAACAAAUAAUAAAUUGAGAAUUAAGGAUGAAACACAGCAGAAAUCAAGUUAAAUAAAAUUGAUGGAAUUUGUAGGGAAAAAUUCAUCUUCAAGACAACUUUGUUGAAACAAUCAUUUUCAUUGGAAAAUUGUUAAACCUACAAAUUUUAUUAGAAAAUUGUUGAAAUAACAAAUUUUCUUUAUAGAAUACUGUUGAAUCUACAAUUUUCAAUAAUACAUUGAAUCAAACUACAAUUUUCACUAAUGAAUUGUUGAAAUAACAAUUUCCUUAAAAAUGCUGUUGAAAUGAAGCUUUUGGGCUUUUCAAAGACGCCACAGUAGAAGAUGUAGUAAUAUUUACUACGUCUUGUAGCGCCUUUUAAUAUACCCGGAAUACCGGACAUAAUUGUAGCCCUAUGAUUAGCUGUUUAUUAAUUACAUUUUCACUGUGUUUAGCCAUUUAUGCACUCAACGAAUUCUCUCGAAGAGAAACCGAUGCAAUGGCGAACACCAGCGAGAUCGUCCGAAUACAAACCGAAGUUCAAAAAUUCGGCAAAAGAAAUAAAUCUACGACAAAUUUUCCAUUGAAAAUUAUUUGUUUCAACACAUUUUCGCAUCGUGUCUUGAAGAGAUCCAAAUUCCAAUUUGUAAAUACAGAUCCACUUGAGCAAGCAAAAAUUAUCGCACCUAAUUCAUUAAGUGACAUAACUUGAGUAAAAAAAAAUAGCUUUUUUGGUAAAAGCUUAACAAAAUGCUGAACACAAUUUUUUUGUGGAACAUUUAAUAAACAAAAAAAAGAAGCAUAAAAGGGAUAAAAGAAUUAUUGACAAAACACAACUGAGACAUUUUCAAAUCGUCGAACAUUGAUAUCAAGUUGAUCAAAGUAAAUUUGAUUAGAGGGAUAUAAACCGCACAAAGAUAGAAACCAUCGUGUAAAUUCAAAGAAAGGAUGAAUUCCAGUGACAAAACAUUUGACAAAAACCUUUUUGGAGACAUUUAUAGGCCGGCCCAUGAGUUUUUAGCAGCUACCAGAACCGUGUCCAAAUCAAUAUGGAGAGGAAAUUUUUUUCAAAAAAAAAUGUGACUUUAACCAGAACAAAAUAACUCUUGCAAGAAUUCUCCCCAAAUGAUUACCAAUCCUAAGAAAGGGAUGAAAUCAAAUUUACGAGCGUGACCAGGCAAAAUUGGCUACUGAUUGUUGUCUGACAAUUUGGCGAUUGUCUGGUUAUAAUUGGAAAUUUAGCCAUGAACAAUACCAAUUAUCUCGUACAACACACCAUUUCUCCUUUAUUCGAGUCGAGACACCUUCCCCUCUUCUUGUGAGGUGAAGUUAGCUUUAUAACAUCCAAACGGCAACUAGAGAAUAUUUUACAUGGUUACGUUCGUAAAUUUGCAGAAUAUUAAAAAAAAUGCCCAUAAUUUGACAUUGAAUAAUAAUUAUUUUUUGGAAUGAAUUGAAGUAAAAUGAAUAGGUGAGCGAGGAUGGAAAAUGAGUACAAAUCUUCCUGGAUUUUGACAAAAAGAGACGUGAGAAAUUGAAUGAUUGAAGAUAAAGAAAAAAAAACAAAAAGUUUUUGAGUAGAUUAAAAAAAAAAGUCAAAUUAUGAAAAAAAAUACGGAGAGAUUAUCUUGAAAGGAGAAAAAUUUGUUAUUUGCGGUGAAAGGAGAAAAGACGGUGAAGAAAAAAACGAGAAAUAUCGAUAAUAUCUAGAUAAGAGAAAAAUAAUGUAUUUUUGAUAACUUAUUGUCGGGGGUAUAAAGAGUAUAAUAACAAAAAAAAGUGAAAGUGAAUCAAGAUUUCCACUAGAUUUUUAUUAAAUCGUCAUUUAACAUCAAAUCUCUGCAAAGAUGUAGAAAAAAAUGGGGUCAAGAAGAAAAAUUUUAUGAGUAAAAAAAAAGGUAUUUAAUAAAAACCUAAAUGGGAAAGACAAAUGAUAUUUAGCUUAUAUAUCGACAUUUAUAAAUUUUAAAAAUUAUAAUUAAAUUAUAGAGGCUAUAUAUCGUUGAAUAUUGUAAAGGAAGUAACAAAAUGAACUUAUUAAAUUUUUUAUAUUGAUAAAAAUUGUAAUGAUUGUAUUACAUGGUGAAAAACAAAUGAGAAGGAAAUUGUGUAUAAAAAUUUUUUAAAAACGUUAAUUAAUUGUGCCAAGACGGGGAAGUUUGUGUGAUAUGGCAUUUAAUGUAUUUAAAGAGAAAAAAAAACUAAAGAGAGAAAGUGGAAAAGGAGGAAUAUUUUUUACAAAAGUGAAGAAAAAAAAUGAAAAAAAGUCUUUGAAUAUUUUUUAAGGCGGCUUAUAUUUUAACUAAUAUACGUGCGGUUCGAUUUUAAAUCGGGAUCAAUUGUUGAUAUUAUUUUAAUGUAAAUGAAUUUUUUUUAUUGAGAAAAUUUUAUUUUAUUAAUUUAUUCAAAUUUUUUUUGGAUGUAACUUUUGUUUAUUUUAGUCAAAAUUUCAGAUUAGCAUUUUAUUUGCAUUUUUUUUCAAAAUUUAUUAAUUUUUCUCUAAAUUGAAAAACAUUUAUUAAACAAAAAAAAAUAUUUUGGACAUACAAAAAAAAAGAUACACAAUUGAUCCAAAUGAAAAUUGACUUUAUACCAAAGUUUUCAAGAAAAAAAAGGAAAAAAAAUUAUAUACAAAUUUGCCACAUCAACACACUCGGAAAAUGGAAUGACAAAAAGGUAGAAAAAGAAGAAAAUUUAAGAAAAAGAAUUUUUUUUUGGAAAGGAAGACGUAGAUGCCGAAAGUAAAGCUCUUCCACAAAACCUCCAACCUCUUGACCAACGACCACACAAUUAGCCAAGCGUUUUUAUCCCAAAUUCAUUUUAUUUUCUAAUCUUAAUGGAAAAAAAAAUUAAAGAUAAAAUAUAACUUUUUUUUUAGAUUGUAUUUUUUGAGAUGAACGUUUAAAGGAAGGAUUAACGAAAGACGGAAAGUAAAGAGAAAAAAAAUAAAGCACGGAAAGAUGUUUUUUUUUUAAUUAAAGAAAAAAAGAAGAAUAUCACAAAGUUGUCUGAAUAACGUAUCUUUUUUACGAGGGAAUGCAUUUUUUUGCAAUUGCCCUCUAUUUUUUUUUUAAUUUCAAAUUCAUCACAUAUUUAGAAGAUUUUUACGUACAAAAAAAAAGGGACAAAGAGAUGGACAUGAAAGAAAUAUGAUGAUGAAAAGAAUGUUGAAGAGAAAUUUUCUAUUAACUAUUUAAACUGCGUACAAACGUAAGAGUACAAAAAAAAGAAACAUGAUAUUCUUAGUGGAGAAAAAACAUCAUUUGCAAAGAUACUUUUAUCACGAGAAAGAUGAUUGAAGAAAACAAAGUGAAAAAAUACCAUUUACUCCCCACAAUACAGAUUAAGAAAAAAAAUUACCAAAAUUUUGACAAUUAUCAGGCUUGAUCAAAAAAAAAUUUAAGAAUUAAGCAUUUCGACGGCAAAAACCAAAUAAAAAAAUACGGCGAUUCUGACAAAGAAAAAAAAUAGUGCGGAGCUUAAAUAAAUCUUAAUUGAAAAGCGACUCACAAGUUUAAAAAAAAAUAAAUAAAUAAAACCCAAAAAAUUGGAUAAAAGUGACGGAAAAAAACUGGUUUACCCAAAACUGACGAUUUAAGACACAAAAUGACAUUGAAAUACAUUCAUGCAUUUGAAAAAAGAGAAAAAUUCAUUGAAAUUUUUUGAAAACAAAAAAAAAUGAUCCAAUUGAAAAUUCAAACUGGAAAUUCUACUUAUAAAUGAACCAAAAAAAAAACGUAAGAUUUGAAUAACAAAUAAUUGAGAAAAUUUGCGUAUUAAUUUAAACAUGAGAAUUCUAUUGGUCUUAUAAAAUUGCUUAUUCUCAAAAAAUUAAAAAAAAAACAUGAAAUCACAAUUAUAAAAGAUUUAUGAAAAAAAAACAUGAAAUUGACAAAUUUAAUUGGAGUUCAACUGCAUUUUGAACAGAAUAUAAAAAAAAAACAAAAUAAAAGAAAACUUGAUAAAAAAGAAAAUACAUUUUGAAAUAAAAAAAAGUAAGAAUUAGAAUUGUAUUCACCAUAACUUUCGAUUAAUGCAUAUUUUAAAAAAAAAACAAUGGAUUUUUAAACAUAAGAAAAAUUCACCACAAAAUCUAUCUUAAAAAGAAAUUUGAAAAAAUAAGCAAAAAAAUAGUUGUCAUAGAAAGUACUACAAUUGUAAAAUUUAAAGAAAAAAGAGAAAGAAAAAUGAGAGAAGUUUUUAUUAUAAAAUUAUUUGAUUUUGAAAGCAUAAAAGAAGGUGGAUCAGAAGACAACAAGCAGAUUGAGAAUCUUUCAAUGAUUAAUGCAUCCACUUUUUAAUCUUUUUUUUCUUAAUUGCGCAAAAUAUUACAUGAUAAAAAACCCCAAAUGCAAAAAAGGAAAAAAAUACCAAUGCAUUGAAAAAUGAUUGAAAGUUAAAAAAAAGGAUAAACUACUUUUCACAUUUAUGAUUACUACUAUUUAGUUAUUAUUUUUGAAUAAUAUGGAUUAUAAAAAUAAUAGAUUUUAUAUUUGUUUUAAAUUUUGAACGUCACAAAUUUGAUAUAACACCUUUGCGUAGAUGGAUUGUAUUAUUUGUUUUUAUGUAAACAUAUUCUUUUUGUAUAAGAUUGCAUUUGUAGAGAAGAUAAAUGAAAAAAAAAAUGGGGAAUAUGAAAGAAAUUAUUUUGAGCAUUUUUAUUACAUAUAAUUAAACAUUUUAAUCUCGUAAAAUAUUUUAGUCUCAUUCUGUUUUCUAAUUGGCUAGAUUUUGGAAAUAGUUAAAGCAGCCAAUCAGAGAACGCGAUAGGAAUAAAAUAUUUCAUGAGAUGAAAUAUUCAAUUACAUGUGGAUUAUGCUUUAAAAAAAAAACUGCGAGAUUCCUGCAAAAUCGUGCUUAGUACGCAACAAUAUUAUGCAAAUUGAUUGAGAAUUAAAAAAAAAGAAA